AUGCCAUACAUCGCUGAAUCAGAUACUAUGGACUCAAUCAAGGAUCAUAAGAAGGAAAAAAAGGAGAAGAAGGAAAAGAAAGAGAGCAAGAAGAGAAAGUCUAGUGCUAUCACCGAACAACCAGUUUCCAACGAGUCUAUGGAUAUCGACAAUGAGAUGACGGGUGGUGAGGAGAUAAUCACAACUGAAUCUAAGAAGAAGCGCUCGAAAAAGGAGAAGAAAGAGAAAAGUGAGGAAUCAAAUGAGGCCUCAGAGGAAGCAGGAGCAAAUCCUGCAGAAACUACACAAGAGGUUGCCGAAACAAACAACGAUGAGACAUCCGAUGAACCACCCACCAAAAAGCGCAAAUCCUCCGUCGAAGAAAUUGAAGUUGAUAUCACCCUCCCAGAACCUCCUUCCAAGAAGGCCCUUCGUCGUUUAAAAAAGGGUAAACCACUUCCUCCAUCUAAAUCAGGCGCAGAAUCCUCUCCCGAACCAGAAGCCAAAAAGAAGGCCGAAGUAGAAAAACGUUCGGGUCAUGGUGUAUGGGUUGGAAAUUUACCUUGGAGUGUGUCGAAAGAGGAAUUACGCAAAUGGUUUGUGGAAUUCUCGGAUCUUGAGGAAGAAAAUAUCACCCGAAUUCAUAUGCCUGGUCCUAAUGAUGGAAAGCCUGCAAAUAAGGUUGAGAAGAAAUUUGGAAAACCAGUUCAUAAUAAGGGUUUUGCUUAUGUGGAUUUCGCAACAGAGGAACAGGUUAAGAUGGCAGUUGAGUUGUCUGAACAAUUGCUCACAGGUCGAAGACUGCUCAUCAAGGAUAAUAAAUCUUUUGAGGGUCGCCCAGAAAAGAAGGAAGCUGUCAUCGAGGGCAAACCACCUAGCAAAAAGAUCUUUGUCGGUAAUCUACGUUUCGAUGCCACAGAAGAGAUCCUGAAGGAACAUUUUGAGAAAUGUGGAGCUAUUGAGAAGAUCCACGUAGCAACAUUCGAAGAUUCAGGAAAAUGCAAGGGUUAUGCUUGGAUUGUAUUUGAAGAAGUAUCAGCAGCUCAAAGUGCAGUCAAAGGCUGGGUUCAUAUCGAAGAAGAGCUAUCUGACGAAGAAUCCUCAUCCGACUCUAGCGAUUCCGACUCAGACUCAGAAACCGAAGCUGCACCAAAAACGGAAAAGGUCAAGAAACCUAAAACCAAAACGAGGAAAUGGUGGGUAAACAAGAUUCAAGGACGUCCUUUACGUAUGGAAUUUGCAGAGGAUGAUCAAUUGCGAUACAAGAAACGAUAUGGCAAGGAUGGAUCAAAGAACCCCAAUGAAAGACAUCCACGUGAGGAGCGGGAAUCUGGUGCUAGGGUUGGAGCUAAUGAUGAACCUGUUGUACCGAGGGUUCCAGGAGAGAAAAGAGAGAGACCUAUUAAGAAGGUUGAGUACAGACAAUCAUACGCACCACGUUUGACAGGAGGUAUUGUGGAGAGUGAGGGAAAGAAAACUACGUUUUAG